CCGAGAGGUACGCUCGUGCGGACAAGCGUAUAGAACGGAGGCAAAUUUGAAUUUUGAACUUUUUUUUCGCAAACUUUUCUGACGAUAGAAUUUGCGGUGAGCCCGUAUGAUGUGGAGUGUAGAUGUAGGUUAGUGGAUGCGAUGACACCCAGAUUUUGAACGUGUAACUGCCAGGAGGACGAGCGACAGGACCCAACAUGAACACAUCAUACACAACACCAUUCUGGAAUGACUCGCUCGGUGAUCUGUCGACGCCGGAGUGGCUGGGCAACUGCUCGUGGGGCUGCAACGCCACCAACACCACCGGCGACGUCGCGUCGCUCGUCCUCAUGGCCGCCCGCUCCGUCAUCUUGGCACUGCUCAUCCUGGCCACCAUCGUCGGCAAUGUUUUCGUGAUAGCGGCGAUCGCCAUCGAGAGGAACCUGCAGAACGUCGCCAACUACCUGGUGGCGUCGCUGGCGGUCGCCGACCUCAUGGUCGCCUGCCUGGUCAUGCCGCUCGGCGCUGUCUAUGAGGUCAGCCAGGGCUGGAUCCUGGGUUCGGAGCUGUGCGACAUGUGGACGUCCAGCGACGUGCUGUGCAGCUCCGCCUCCAUCCUCCACCUCGUCGCCAUAGCAACGGACAGGUACUGGGCCGUCACGAACGUGGACUACAUCCACAUCAGGAACGAGAGGCGGAUCUUCACCAUGAUAUUCCUGGUGUGGGGUGCCGCUCUCGUCGUGUCCCUCGCCCCCCAGCUCGGCUGGAAGGACCCCGACUUCCUGGCCAGGAUAACCAGGGAGCAGAAGUGUCUGGUCAGCCAGGACCUCGCGUACCAGAUCUUCGCAACAUGCUCAACGUUUUACGUCCCGCUAGCCGUCAUACUCAUCCUGUACUGGAAGAUCUACCAGACGGCGAGAAGACGCAUCAGAAGACGAAUAGAACCCCCGCCUCCUCGACCCACGUCGGCGGAUGGGGCCCCACCGACUGGAAGGCCCAUCCAGUCGGCGAGGGAUAGGAGAUUCGUCAAGAAAAGGUUUCUCAACCUGAAGAAAUGCAACCAGAGGACGCGCGCCGAGACCAUCGCCGCGGCGCUUCUUUUAACCGAGGGCCAGAGCACCUCCACUGUAGAUACCCUCGACGAGGAACCGAGGACAACAGCGUUCACCAUUAACGAGAAGGCCCCCCCAUCCGUCUCUCCAGAGAAGUCUUCCACCGUGACCAACGGCUCCAAGCAGGAGAGACCCAUCAUAUCUGCGUCAUCGCACAGGGAAAAGAAGGAGUCCUUGGAGGCGAAGAGAGAGAGGAAAGCGGCAAAGACCCUCGCAAUAAUCACGGGAGCCUUCGUAGUCUGUUGGCUGCCGUUUUUUAUCAUGGCACUAGUUAUGCCUAUCUGCCAAACUUGUGAAAUUAGCGAUACCCUGGCCAGCUUCUUCCUAUGGCUCGGCUACUUCAAUUCUACGCUCAACCCCGUCAUCUACACAAUAUUCAGCCCCGACUUCCGACAAGCGUUCGCUCGUAUCAUUUUCGGAUCGCGACGUCGGAGGCGGAACAAAAAAUUCUAACGAAAAUAUAGGUAUUGGACUUGUGUAUAUUUCUCGUUUCUUGUAUGUUAUACAUACCGUAGUCGAUGUAAAUAAGCUAGGCAUAGAUGUAAAUAAGAUAUACAUAUUAUAGAAUGUUGAGAAUUGUCUUUUUAUAGUUUAUAAGGGUCAGGUCAUGCCGAGAUGCGACGUACGUUUAAGGUGACGAUUCAAAAUUCGCCAAUUCCACCGCAAUAUCGCCGAUACUUUGAACUCUCUCAAUGCAAAUUGUACCUUAUUGUAUAGCUCAUAAAGUUUUGAAUAGUCUUAAAACAUUUCGCAUGUCGGUAUGUCCUGACGCUAUCGGCGGUGGCGCGGCUUACGAGUCCAAAGCUUCGCCGCCGCCGCCCGCUCUGUUA